UGCCGCGGGGAGGGAGGCGGCGGCUCCAGCGAGCAAAAGGCGAUUUUACGAUUAUUUCAGAUUUUAGAGCAGGAGCCCUCGGAGCUGCGGGCAGCCAGGAGGAGCCUCGGCGCUGCCUUUCCACCCUCCCACCCCAUUCCGGGAGGCGCCAGGGCCCGGCAACCAGGAGGAUUUCGGCGCGGGGCGGCCCCGGACCGGCCCCUUUGUUCGUGUGGGCCCGGCAGCAGCGGCGGUGCCGGCCCCGCAUCCUCCUCCGCCCCCGCUGCCCGAGCCGCCGCCCAGCUCCCUCCUCCUCCUCCUCCUCCUCCUCCUCCCGGCUCCGGGCUCGGCCGCGCAGGGAGUGGCAGGGCGGCUGCCGGCCGGGCUCGCAUCCUGCGGCGGCUCCGAGCCCCCUGCCCCGCAGCAGGGCGGCACAGGGUGUGUGACCAUGGAAGAAGAGGUGCACCAUCAAGAAUCCUGAGCAGUGACACCAGAACAGCUCUGGAGACACUGGCAGCAGGAGCCUGAGCUACAGGAGAGAGGAAUCAUGCUGAAACCAAGUGGACUUAAAAUCCCAGGCAGGGCUGGGAAGCACUCCAGCCCCGUGGGACGGGCAUCAGGGACCAGCACAGCUGCUGCCACUACUGGCUCUAAAGAAGGCUCACCUUUACACAAGCAGGGCACCACAUCCACCGCCAGCACCGAGAAGUCGGCUUCGAAGGUUGCUGAGGUGGGCGAUGAUUUCCUGGGAGACUUCGUGUUGGGCGAACGCGUCUGGGUGAAUGGAGUGAAGCCAGGAGUGAUCCAGUACCUUGGGGAAACGCAGUUUGCUCCGGGCCAGUGGGCAGGGGUUGUUCUGGAUGACCCGGUGGGUAAGAAUGACGGCUCCGUGGGAGGAGUGCGCUACUUUGAGUGCCAGCCGCUGCAGGGCAUCUUCACGCGACCGUCCAAGCUGACGCGGCAGCCGGUGGCCGAGGGCUCGGGCAGCGACGCGCCCUCCGUGGACUCGCUGACGGCUCAGAACUUGUCCCUGCACUCGGGGACGGCCACGCCGCCUCUGUCCACGCGCGUGAUCCCGCUGCGGGAGAGCGUCCUCAACAGCGCCAUGAAGACGGGCAACGAGUCGGGGUCCAACCUGUCGGACAGCGGCUCGGUGAAAAAGGGGGAGAAGGACCUGCGCCUCGGGGAUCGUGUGCUGGUCGGUGGCACAAAGACGGGAGUGGUGCGUUACGUGGGAGAGACGGACUUUGCCAAGGGAGAGUGGUGUGGAGUGGAGCUGGAUGAGCCCCUGGGCAAGAACGAUGGGGCAGUUGCUGGCACAAGGUAUUUCCAGUGCCCACCCAAGUUUGGCCUCUUUGCUCCCAUCCACAAGGUGAUCCGCAUCGGGUUCCCAUCAACCAGCCCUGCCAAGGCAAAGAAGAGCAAGAGGAUGGCCAUGGGGGUGUCAGCCCUGACCCACAGCCCCAGCAGCUCCUCCAUCAGCUCCGUGAGCUCUGUGGCCUCCUCGGUCGGGGGCAGGCCCAGCCGCAGUGGGCUGCUGACAGAGACCUCGUCUCGCUAUGCCAGGAAGAUCUCUGGCACCACAGCCCUGCAGGAGGCCCUGAAGGAGAAGCAGCAGCACAUUGAGCAGCUGCUGGCAGAGCGGGACCUGGAGAGGGCAGAGGUGGCCAAGGCCACCAGCCACAUCUGUGAGGUGGAGAAGGAGAUUGCCAUCAUGAAGGCCCAGCACGAGCAGUAUGUCACAGAGGCAGAAGGAAACCUGCAGCGAGCACGAGCCUUGGUGGAUGGGAUGCAGAAGGAGAAGAUUGAGCUGCUGAACCAGCUGGAAGAGGAGAAGAGGAAAGUGGAGGACUUGCAGUUCCGGGUGGAGGAAGAAUCCAUUACAAAAGGGGAUCUGGAGACUCAGACGCAGUUGGAGCAUGCCCGAAUUCGGGAGCUCGAGCAGAGCCUGCUGUUUGAGAAGGCACAGGCUGAAAAACUCCUCAGAGAAUUAGAGGACACCAGGCUGACCACGGUGGCAGAGCAGUCCCGGAUCCUGCAGCUGGAGGAGGAGCUGAGCCUGAGGCGCAGCGAGGUGGACGAGCUCCGGCAGUGCCUGCAGAGCUCGCAGCAGGCAGAGAGCCCCGAGCACAGCCUGGGCCUGCACUCCGAGGCCCUGAGGCUGAGGGAUCAGCUGCUCUCUGCCAACAAGGAGCACCAGAAGGAGAGCAGCCAGCUGAAGGAGAAGUAUGAGAAAACACUAAAGAAAUACCAGCAGGAGAUGGAGAAGCUGAAGUCUGUCAAUGAGAAGUACUCGCAGGAGAUUGUUGACCUGAAGCAUAAAGUUCAGCAGGCCACUAAUGAGAACAUGGGGCUCAUGGACAACUGGAAGUCCAAGUUGGACACGUUAGCUUCGGACCACCAGAAGUCUCUGGAGGACCUGAAAGCCACGCUCAACUCAGGCCCUGACACCCAGCACAAGGAGAUUGUGGAGCUGAAGGCAGUGGUGGAGAGUAUAAAGUUGGAGCACCAGCUUGAGUUGGAGAACCUGAAAGCAAAGCACGACAUUGAGACAGCUGUCCAUAUAAAGGAGAAAGAGAGUCUCAAACUGAAGCUGCAGGAGGCUUUGGAUGAAGUGGAAAAAAGCAACAACAACUGGAAAAUGCAACUGGAAACCAAAAGCAGUCAGCACCUUCUUGAGCUCCAGGAUGUGAAGGACAAGUGUCGAGAUGCUGAGCUGAGGGUGCAUGAACUGGAGAAACUUCAUGGUGAAUACACAGAUCAGACAGAAGCAAUAGCUUUCUUGAAAGAGCAGAUAUCUUUGGCUGAAAAGAAGAUGUUGGACUAUGAAACAUUACAGAAAACAGAAGCCCACAGCAAACAGGAAAUCCAAAGAUUGCAGGAAAAAGUGCUUGUCUUAGAGAACAAGCUGCAGUCCAUGGAGGCCCUGCAUCCUUCUCAGCAUGCAAAUAUGAUUGAGACUAAUGAUAUUUCAGAAGAAAAGAUAAAGAUGAAGCAGACUAUGGAAGAUCUCCAGGACAAGCUGAGUAAAAGAGACAAAGAGGUGUCAUCCCUGGUGACCCAGACUGAAACUCUAAGGGCCCAAGUAAGUGCUUUGGAAAACAAAUGCAAAACAGCAGAAAAGAAGGCUGAUUCAGUGCUCAAAGAAAAGAAGAGGUUGGAAGGAGAACUGGAAGCCUUGACCAAGAAAACACAUGAUGCCUCAGGGCAGCUGGUCCUGAUCAGCCAGGAGCUGCUCAAGAAGGAAAGGAGCCUGAACGAGCUGCGGGCGCUGCUGCUGGAGGCGAACCGGCACUCGCCGGGGCCGGAGCGCGACCUCAGCCGGGAGGUGCACAAGGCGGAGUGGAGGCUCAAGGAGCAGAAGCUCAAGGAUGACAUCAAGGGGCUGCGGGAGAAACUGGUUGUGCUGGACAAGGAGAAGGCGGCGCCGGAGCAGCGGCGGUUCUCGCUGAUCGACCCCUCCUCGGAGUCCGAGGUGAUCCGGCUGCAGCACCGGCUCGUCAGCACUGAGGACGUGCUGCGCAACGCCCUGGAGCAGGGACACCAGAUGGAGAAGCUCAUGGAAGCCAUGAGGCUCUCCUCUGAGAAAACACAGACUGUUGGAAAUUCUGGGUCUGCUAAUGGGAUUCACCAGCAGGAUAAAUCCCACAAGCAAGAGGAGAAGCUCUGAUAGAGAAGAGGUGGAAAGGAUCAUUUCACGCCAGUAUCAGCUCCUCUGCACAGUCAGGAAAAACAACACCACAUCUGGCUUUAGCACCUCCAAAAGACCACACACAGUAUUUUCACUUUAAAGCAGGACAAUGUUUAUAAUGUACUAACUGAUGUAAUCAGGACAAUCCCAGAGUCCAGUUUUCCAAGACAGCCAUUGUUCCAGGAGGGAGCAGAAAGACCUCUCUGGGUUUGGUUUCUUACUUGUAUUGGUUUUGACUGUGGAAUUUGUAUUGUUUGAGCUGCCCUUGUCCCACCAGCUGAUGUGGUUUGGAUGACAGCUGCCCUAACCUGUGGCUCAAGUGUCAGUGGGACCCCACAGGAGCUGCAGAGGGAUUUGCCUGUGGUGUUCAAAGCAUGUGCCCACAGGCUGCACCCUUCCCACAGGGUCUGGCCCUUCCCUCCCACACACCCUGGUGUCCUGAGGACCUGCACAAGUGAGUGAGACCUGCUGGGCUGAUGAUGUGAGGUUUGGGGACGUGUUCCCCUCCUCCCUUUUGGAAGACAUCACUGUUUUAGAGCAGAACCUGCACUUAGUUUCUGUAUUAUAGCAUGUCAUGGGAAAUAAUCCAAUUUCAGAGGGAUAUUUAUUUUGUUUCUUCUCCCCUGGCAUUUGGGGAAGGAGCUGUGGUGGCUGCUCUGAGUUUGGGGUCAGGCACACCCUGCCUGGGUGUAUUUGCCCUUUUUCCUGCAGUGGGAUCUCUGAGCAGGCUGCUGGAGUCCUGUGCCAUACCCAUCUGUCCAGCUGGCUGCCCCUCUCUCCUGGGCGGUUCCUGGGCUCUGUUUUGAGGUGGACUGUUUGUCAGGACUCCACAGGUGCUGGAUCUCAGCAUUGCUGGCCUUGGAGCUCCAUGCUGGGGGCACUCAGUGUAGCACAGAUGCACUGAACAAAAGGUUCCCUCCUUGCCUGUCCAAUUUAACAGCUCACUGUGAUUGCCUGGUGCUUUCCAGAGCUGUCCUGGGCUCUCCAGUGUGAUGCCCAACCCUGCUGCCCGAGAUGGAGGAGGUGGAGGUGCUGCUGUGAGCCUGACUUGGAUGGCUUCAGCAAUCCUCUGUGCAUGACCUGGGUGUGUUUGGAGCAGAGGCAAUCCAAGGGCAGAGCCCACACAGCUCCUGUGUCUGUACCAGCAGAGGAUCUUGUUCCUUCUCCCCAAGGCUUUACUCCAGCUUUGCACCAUAGCUCCCAGGUGAUAACAGGGCAGAGGAAGGUGACAACAUGCUCUUAGAGGUGUGAAAGAGCCCAGCUCAGGGUCACUCUUCAGCAGCACAGGGAACAGUCACAGCAAUAUUUCUCCAGGCUUCUCCCAGUUAAGUGCCACCUCCUCCAGUCUUCUGCUAUGAUGGGACAUCUGUGAAAGGACAAGAUGGGAGAGGAGAUCUGAGCCAGACCCCCAGCAGGUGAACAUGAGGGCACAUCAGCUCUGUUGCUUUUUGCCCUGAUUUCCCACAAAGUUGUGUCACUUUUUCUUACUGGGUUGCCAGACUCCUGCUUCUCUUAAGGAUGGGCAGCCAGAAGCAGCCUGGGAAAGACCUGAGCUUCAGGACUGUGAUUUUGCCAUGAGGAGGAUGACACCUGAUGCAGGAUUGGUGAUCUCCUGUCCUUCAGAGGAGGAUGGGAGAGGAAGGGGAAGUAAAACAGGUCAGAAAUCACAGCAGAAAUCUGCUCGUGGUAGCAGGAGGCAGAGCAUGGGAUUGAACUGGCUGGAAAUAAUUCAUGUACAAUUCCAUCCUGCCUUGUAGAAGAGUUUCUUCAGCUCUUACAAAUCACCAGGAAGAUUGCUACAUCUCUGCCUAGCUCUGGGAUUUUCCCAGGGGAUUGUAGGAGUGGUCUCCAAAACCCUCCUGACUGAGUAUUCAUCUUCUAUGUGAUUUUGGAAAGUCCCAGAGGGAGGUUUUGUUUGUUACAGCCCUCAAUAGUGAAUACCUCACUGCUGGUUUUAAGAAUUUAGGGCUGAUGUUUCCCAAAAUGACUCUGCUGGUCCCUGAGGAUCAGCAGGAGCUGUUGGCACUGCUUGGCUCUCUGUGCAGGCUCUGUGUCACUGUGUUGCAGGGCUGAGGGUUGAAGCCCCUCUGGGGUGCAGUCCAUGGGAGCUGCUCCCAGCCAGGACCAUCCACAGUGCCAGCAGGAUAUUUGUGUGCUCAUGUGGGCUUCAGCUCAGCCCUGUGUAAGGGAUUGCACUCACUCACUUCCUCCCUCUCCCAAACUAGCACAGGCUUCCUUCCCCAGGGCACCAGCCUCUGGCUGCCCUCCCGAGGUGGUGAGAGACCACACUAGGGACAAACUUGGAAAGGACAAGGGGGAGAUUCCCCAUCCCCUCUAUUUAUUUGUAAGUUUAAGUGCUAUUUUUACCUAUGUGGUGGUGUAUAAAGUGCUUCACAAUCCUUGGUCCUGCUGGCUUGGUUCUUUGGGAGACUUUGGGGCCCUGGAGCAGCAGUGAUGUCCCCUUGUCCUGUUGUUGAUCCGGGCUGGUUCCUGUUUGUGCCUUCACUCCCCCUUUGGCUUCAGCCUUGCUCUUACCUCGAUCCCUGGGAGCUGCUAAGGGAGGGCUGUGCUUUCCCCAGCCUUUCUCCCAGCCUGAGAGUGCCAUGCUGCUUUUCCAGCUGCAGGUGGGUCCCGAGCAGGGGGGCAGGGUGGGGAGCAGGGGGUGUCACAGCUGGGCUCCGAGGGAAGGAGCAGCCCUGACAGUCAGUGGUGCUGUUCUGCUGAGAGCUGAGCCCUUAUCCACUGCAAAAACAGCCUUUGGGUGGAGACUACUUAGUAUGGAGUGAUUUCUUCUCUAUUUCUCAAGACCAAAGGGGAAAAGAAUGAGUCUUGCUUGGGAAUGUCAGCUUUAUCCCUCCUGCAGCAUCCAGAGAGCUGGAGCAAGGGCAGCACCGUGCUGUGCCCUGUGGAAUGAUGGUGCCAAGCUGCCUGGGUGUCACAGCUCUGGAAUGACAGGUGCCAAGCUGCCAGCCAAGGCCUUACAGCCCCUGCCUCCCCCCAGCCACCAGCAGCUCCUCUGACUUGCAGUAGAGAUGCAUAAGGGUUUCAUUAAACAAAACAAUGCAAAUGGCACUGUAAAAGUCUUAAUGAAAAUUCCAAUACUCCGUUAUUCAGCAGCUUUAGCAGCUCAGCACUAUCUGUAGGGAGUUAUUAAUACACUAAGAUCCUAUAGGCCUCCUGUAAGUUACCAGAAAAAAGAUGAUACUAGAUGUAUAAAUGGAUGAUAACCUUUUACCCAUACAGUAUGUAUUACAAUUUUGUAGCUUAGUCAUUUUUUGGCUAUCAGAUUUUGUUAGUAUGAUACAAAAAAAAAAAAAAGACAAAAAAAUGUUUGACUGCUAAUGUCUAUUUUGUUAUUUGAUUCAUUUUCUUCCUCUGUACAAAAGAUGUACAAAUCUGUCUGUGUAACUCCUCCACAUCUGUAUUCAUGUACCAUCCCCCUUGUCCUGGCUUGCUGGUGUGGUGAGCUCCUACUAAACAAUAAACUCUGUGGCUGAA